GGUGGGGGGGGGGAGAAAGAAGCAAGAGGCUCUGCCUCUGGUCCCCGAGCUGUGCUCCCAGCCACUGGUCGCUCCUCUGCCCAAGGGUCUGGGCUGGGGGAUAAGAUGAGUGAGAGGCGAAGAUCGGCGGUGGCCCUCAGCUCCCGAGCACACGCUUUCUCAGUAGAAGCCUUGAUCGGGACAAAUAAAAAGAGGAAACUGCGAGACUGGGAGGACAAGGGGCUGGAUUUGUCCAUGGAAAGCCUCAGCCCCAAUGGCCAGCUGGGGGACAAUGAAGACCCGACUCAGUGCCUGGACCUCAAUCCCGACUCAGAACAGAGCACUGGGUCAGACACAGAGGUGCUGGCGGAAAGGACAUCCUGCUCAUUUGGCUCCCAUUCUGACCUUACAUCUGGUGGCUCAGGCCCUCAGCCUCCUCCACCUUCAUCCAUGGAAGAGAUCCAGGUAGAGCUGCAGUGUGCGGACCUCUGGAAAAGAUUUCAUGACAUUGGGACAGAGAUGAUCAUCACGAAAGCAGGCAGGAGAAUGUUUCCAGCCAUGAGGGUGAAAAUUACAGGCUUGGAUCCCCACCAGCAGUAUUACAUUGCCAUGGACAUUGUCCCUGUGGAUAACAAGAGAUACAGGUAUGUGUAUCACAGCUCCAAGUGGAUGGUGGCUGGCAAUGCUGACUCCCCAGUGCCCCCGAGGGUUUACAUCCACCCUGACUCCCUGGCUUCUGGAGACACCUGGAUGAGGCAGGUGGUCAGUUUUGACAAGCUCAAGCUGACCAACAACGAGCUUGAUGAUCAAGGCCAUAUAAUCUUACAUUCAAUGCACAAGUAUCAGCCUCGUGUGCAUGUCAUCCGCAAGGAUUUCAGCAGUGAUCUUUCUCCUACAAAGCCAGUUCCUUCAGGAGAUGGGGUGAAAACCUUCAACUUCCCUGAGACUGUUUUCACCACAGUGACAGCCUACCAAAAUCAGCAGAUCACCAGAUUAAAAAUUGACAGAAACCCCUUUGCCAAAGGUUUCAGAGAUUCUGGGAGAAACAGGACGGGGCUGGAGGCCAUCAUGGAGACCUACGCCUUCUGGAGGCCCCCUGUGCGCACUCUCACCUUUGAAGAUUUCACCACCAUGCAGAAGCAGCAAGGAGGCAGCACAGGAACAUCCCCAACCACCUCCAGCACGGGGACCCCAUCACCAUCCGCUUCUUCUCACCUUCUGUCUCCAUCCUGCUCUCCUCCAGCCUUCCAUCUGGCCCCCAACACUUUCAAUGUUGGCUGCCGGGAGAGUCAGCUUUGCAACCUCAACCUGUCUGAUUAUCCUCCUUGUGCCAGAAGCAACAUGGCAGCACUGCAGAGCUACCCAGGGCUGAGCGAUGGAGGAUACAACCGGCUGCAGAGCAGCACCGCUUCUGCCUCGCAGCCCUCCGACACCUUCAUGCCUCAGAGGACUCCCUCCUUGAUCUCAGGAAUGCCGGCUCCUUCCUCCCUGCCCAGCAACAGCAAGAUGGAGGCGUACAGCGGCCAGCUGGGAUCUUUCCCCAGCUCCCAGUUUCAGUAUGUCAUGCAAGCAGGCAACCCUGCCUCCACCUCCUCCUCUUCACACAUGUUUGGUGGUGGCCACAUGCAGCAGAGCUCCUACAACGCUUUCUCCCUGCACAAUCCCUACAACCUCUAUGGAUACAAUUUCCCUGCUUCCCCCAGGCUGGCAGCGAGCCCAGAGAAACUCACCACCUCCCAAAGCACUUUACUCUGCUCUUCCCCGUCCAGUGGGGCCUUUGGAGAGAGGCAAUACCUUUCCACAGGGAUGGAUCACGGGAUGCACAUGAUCAGCCCUCCCUCCAGCAACCAGCAGACGGCGGCCGCCUGUGACAACAGGCAGUACGGAGCGGUGCAGGGCUCCUCCUCACAGAUGUCUGUGCACAUGGUCUAA